UACAGUUCCUUCGAUUGCCGGGAGUGUGUGAGAAUCGUUUUUUUAGCUUGUAAUUUUUUAUUUUACCAGUCUUUUUCAUCAAAAAUGUGGAGUUUCUUAUCAAGAAUAACCCACAAUUCAAAGGCACUGAUCUCAGGACUGGUCAUCAUCCUUCUUCUAGUCUACUCAAACUGCAAUUUAUGGACCAAGCCUGAUAGUCGAAGAAUAACAGAUGAAGGCACACAGGAACGUUGCACAUGGCCUUCAAGAUCAAAAGCUUGCUAUGGACAGAAAAGGAUAAUAAAUGGCAAACGGCCUCAGCAUGAAAAAUGGCCUUGGUUUGUCAGACUGCAAAAUGGCAGUGCUGGCUGUGGGGGCUCUCUUGUGGGUGACCGUCAUGUGCUAACAGCAGCCCAUUGCUUUGACGAUACGGGCCCAAAUGAGAAUGACUGGCAGGUGUAUCUUGGAGUGGUCAAUCGAAAAGAACCCUCCAAGCCAUACAAAGUAAAAGAGAUCAUCUUACACCAGGCCUAUGAUAAGGAUAGCAUAGUUUUCAGAAACGAUAUUGCCUUGUUGACACUCAGCCAGCCCGUCCAGUUCUCAGAAAAUAUCCACUCUGUGUGUCUACCACGUCCUGACCAUCUUUUUCCUACUGGAACAAAAUGCUGGAUAGCAGGAUUUGGGAAAACCAUGAUAGAUAGUACAGUUCCAAGCUCAUCUUACUUGAUGGAAGCGGAUGUGAAAAUUGUAGAGCGAAGCGAGUGUAACUCUCAGGAUGUCCACAAUGGCAGCAUCCUUCAGAGCAUGCUGUGUGCAGGAGAUCCAAACGGAAGCCAAGACGCUUGCCACGGGGACAGUGGGGGUCCUUUGGUGUGUGAGGAUCAGGAGGGUCUGUGGUAUCUUGCGGGAAUUAUCAGCUGGGGAGUUGACUGUGGGAGGCCAAACAAACCAGGCAUCUACACCAAUGUAUCACACUUCUCAAAAUGGAUAGACGAAAAGCUGAAUAAUGGCUUUCUGUCUUGGGUAAACACAUCAUGUACAGUUUCCCCUUGUUCUUGUGUCUGCUACUUGCUCUGUUUUGAAGCCAUGUGCUUUCUGCCAUGUGCUUGUGUUUUUGUUUUGGUUCUUGUGCUCCGCCCUUUCCCCCGCCUUCCCUAUUAGUAUCCUCACCUGUCCGUAGUCUGUCUCCUCCCUCUCCCAGGUGUUCCCCAUUUGUUGUAUCCUUUAUCUAGCCCUUUGUUUCAGUCAGUGUUGGUCUGGUCUACUUGUCACUGUGAAUGCAUUUUCAUUCUUGUGUACAAAAUAAUAUCAUUGGAACAUUACUUGCACUUAGUGUAAGGUCUUAAUACACUUAACAACCAUCCAUUAAAUGUUUGAAAUUGACACUGUGAAGUGCAUAGUAUUUAAAUUACAUCUAUAUGGUUCUUU